CGCAUUCGCGCUCCCUCCUAGGAGAAGAAAUAGAAGAAGCGAAGAGAAGGUAUAAAAGGGAGAAGCAUCAGAGAGAAAAAAAGACAGCGGGAUCCACCGAAUAUAUCUCAAGUUACCCCGGAUUAGCUCUUUCACCUACGAAAGAUCCUCUCUGCCUUGAAUCUUUUUUGUCUGUGAGGAAGAUAGCAAGAAUACAACAAGGCCGAGGCCGAAGACUUACGAGGCAAUACGCAGUGGUGAAGAAACACCUUUGAGAAUCUUCAUAUAGCAUGCCUGAAGAUUAUGGACACGGAAGGAGCGGCUCGGGUGGGGGUUCCAGUGGAGGGCUGCAAGCCCCUCGUCAUCACACCUUGAACGCCCUCUCUCCGCUCCAAUCGUUCUCCCCACUUCAACCCGUCAACAUCUCCGAACGACAAUCGCAAUCGAGACAACACUCCCGACACCCCUCGUACAACUCUGUCUCCUCGGUCGGGUCUUUUGGAUCGCCUUCGUAUUCGACUUCGUUUUCCGGAGGAGGAGGCGGGUUGGGCAUCACCACCACCGGCCAUACGGGACACGGAGGAGGUCAUAGGAUGCCCCCGUUGUCGACUUACAACCUCAACCGGAACAACAAUGGACCUUCCAGCCCUGGAGGUCCCCUCGACGAGACUCCUUACCCCCAAACACCCGGAGGCGCGAAUGGAACUGGAACGAACGGGGAAACGCCUUCACCCGCCCGAGCUAGGACGCCUAGCGUGACGAGGAGUCUGUCGAGGAGAGAGUCUAUCGUCGCCAACCAAGGCUUGGGGGGGAUGAUGAGUCAUUUCGACCUUUCGGGAGGUAACAGCUACCAGUCCGGCGGAGGGUAUUCCCCCGGGUUAGGUUCGCCGUUGGCUGGGUUCGGGAAUGUGGGACAUGGACCUGCUUCUGGGGAUCGGGGUGGAGGGUUUAGCAAGUUGACGCUCGUCAGGGCGCCUAGUAAGGGGAAGAACGCUGGUAGUGCUGGAGUUGGAGCGAAGAAAGGGGAGGAUGCGAAUGGGGGUGGGAGUGGGGCUUCGACGCCGGGUAGAAGGCGGACCAAAUCGUCCAGCAACCUCUCGCCGUUCUCGUUCACGCCUUCGUCCUUGACGAGCAGCAUCUCGGGUCCAGCGAAUUUAUCUUCCCUGCUCUCGCCCACGUCGCCGACCCCGUUCGCUCGAUCUCCCGGCCCAGCUGAUUUCGGUGGAAAUGCCAACCCCACCAGCAAUAACAAUGGUCAAGAUUCAAUGGAUUCAGCCGGCCUGACCAAGGGCAACUCGACCCCGGUGACGAGGACCAGUUUCCUGUUCGAUUCGGCGUAUCACCAUCAUCAGCCGAGCAACAUUCACGAGGGCGAAAAGGGGCUCUCGCCUGAACAGGUCAUGCAUAUGGCUGAGAGUCUCAAGAGCCCCGUUUUGGCUUCCUCACAGAGCGAGUCGCAGUCUCUCCCCCGGCGAGUCGGAUUGAGUAGGAGUAGCAGCCUAGCCAGGGGGACUUCGUUCAGUAUGAGGAGGGAGAGCGAUGCUAGUGCCGUCUCUAGGGCUUUGGAUGGGCAGACUCAGACUCCAGUCCAGCAGCAACAUCAAGAGAUGGAGCUAGAACCGGUAGAGUAUGUGGAGAUGAACGAGGACGUCUUGUUGCCCUACGUCGAUCGACCGAGCGAGGUCGCCGAGCUCGUGGCUCAGCCUAGCAAUUAUGAACUCUUUGACAUCAUCCGUCCCACCUUCCCCAAGGAAUCCAAGGCGGCGGCUGAUCGACCCGACUCGUGGCGCGCCGUUGAUCCGGAAGACUGGACCUGGGAAGAGUUCCAGCAACAUCUCCGACUCUCCCGCGUUGAGAGUGAUGAUUACGAAUGGAUCAGACAGGCCCGUCGUUCCGUCAGGGCGAGGAGCGAGGCUCUGUGGGAGAGGAUCGGGAUUUGUCUCGGAUGCGACGGGGAUCUGCUCAACGCAGGCGAACAAGAGCCACAUUUGACCACUGCUGCGCUUAGCGACGUGUUUGAUGGGAGCACCACCGCAGGGAGUCCGAUCUUGUCGGCUCAUCCGGACGACCAUUUCGGGUUCGGUCACGUCUGGGUCGAGGGGCUGCAAGCGGUCGAACCGGAAGAGAUGGAGAUGAGUGAUGGGUCGCCGGUCAAAACGGCGGAAGACACCGCCUCUCAGGACGCGCAGAGUCCUCUGCCCGGUAUGGCACCCGCCCUGAUGGACGUGGUCGAGGAGGAAGAAUCGCCCGCUAGCGAAUCGUCGCACAAGAAGAAACCGAGUUUGACGCCAGCUCAGAUCGCUGGAGGACGAGGCGAACUCAAGGAUCCGUUUGGCAAGACGAGCCCUACCGGUCCUAGUCGCCAGACCGAUCUCCCUGGAUCUCUGUCUGAUGUCAAGCCCAAGGUCCGAGCGAAAUCGUUUGUCGGCGUUCAGAUCAGCACCUCGCCUUCCCUCCCCAGUCCCGCUCAAGUCCACCGGCCUUCCUACUCGGGAUUGCUCCCAGGCGGACUCGAACGUGGACCGGGUCACCCGCUGUUCCCUUCGUCCUUUUCGACCCUGUCGAUCGCGCCCACGUUGCCCAACAACAAUCCGGCGCUCAAGGCCAGCUUGAGCUUUAGCCAGGCUUCCGACGCGAUGAACCAAUCUGCGCACGGUAAUCCGGCCAGGGCCGCGCUGCAAAGCAUGUUGGGCUUCAACAGGAAGCAGAGUAGGAGCGGCUUGAGCGAGAGCGCGAUCACGUUCGGUAGCGGAGAUGACUAGUCCUCGUUGCGGCCGCUAUCAUCAAGUCUGACCUAGAACCUGUAAAUCUGUAUACUACGUGUUUCCCGAAUCUCUUCCCCUAUACCUCUCACGCCCAAAUUCGACCGUCUCAUUCCCAUUA